AACUGUACUAUUGUAGCCUUUGGCUGAGUGCGGUCGAGAGUUCAGAUUCGACUGAACUGCGAAACUUCAUUGAUCAGUCAGCACUCGCCAGUGUUUUUGCGUUUGUUGAUAUUCGCGGAAGAUCGCGCAUUGUUUAAUUAAAAAUUUACUAAAAUCGAUUGAUACUUUAAAUAAUAAUUAUAAGUGAGAAGUGUUUAAAAACAAUUACGGUGAAGUAGUUUAGUGACGAAUCAAUGAUAAGACUUAUAUUUUAUACUGUUGUUGAUACCUAACUUAUUUUCUAAACAUAGUUCUUCCUCCUACAAUAAUACCUAUAACAAGUAAUAGUGGUAGACAGUUAUUCGAAUACUUGGUUUUUUGAUAAUGGACUCAUUACGCCUGAUUUUGAUUGUGUUGUUCAAAUGACUGCAAUUAUAAUUACUGCUGCUGAGUUACAAGGACGUGAUGUUGGUGGCUUAGCAAUAUCAGCUGCUGCGGAGAGGAUGCAAGCGCCGAGCAAACGGCCGGCGGAGCCGGAUUUGCCGAUCUCCCCAAGCUGGUCGAGCGCACCAAAGGGAAAACAUAUCGUACAUUGGUUUCGGAAAGGUCUACGCCUUCACGAUAAUCCAGCACUACGAGAAGCCCUCGUUGGGGCUACGACAUUCCGAUGCAUCUUCAUAAUCGACCCCUGGUUUGCUAGCUCUUCUAAUGUGGGAAUCAACAAAUGGAGGUUUCUAUUACAAUGUCUCGAAGAUUUGGAUAACAGUCUCAAGGAGUUGAAUUCAAGACUUUAUGUGGUACGGGGCCAGCCUGCUGACGCGCUGCCGAAGUUAUUUCGCGAAUGGGGUACCACAGCGCUCACUUUUGAAGAAGACCCUGAACCCUUCGGCCGUGUGCGUGACCAUAACAUUAUAGCAAAAUGUCGGGAAGUCGGUAUAACUGUGACCUCACGGGUUUCUCACACUCUUUAUAAAUUAGACGAUAUUAUAGAUCGCAAUGGUGGUAAAGCUCCAUUAACAUACCACCAGUUUCAAGCACUGGUAGCAAGUAUGCCACCACCGCCCCUAGCGGUGGAAACCGUAACAAAACAUACAAUAAAUGGCGCUGUCACCCCCAUUUCGGAAGAUCACGAUCUUCGGUUUGGUGUUCCUACUCUUGAAGAAUUGGGUUUCGAGACAGAGGAUUUGAAGCCUCCCCUAUGGAUUGGUGGUGAAACAGAAGGGUUAACAAGGCUUGAACGCCAUUUGGAACGAAAAGCCUGGGUUGCUACGUUUGGGCCACCUAAAAUGACACCUCAAUCUCUCUUAGCGAGCGAAACAGGACUCUCGCCUUAUUUAAGGUUCGGCUGUUUAUCCACCAGGCGUUUCUAUUAUGAAUUGACGGAGCUAUACAAAAGAGUGAAACAUGAACGACCGCCAUUAUCGUUACACGGACAAAUACUUUGGAGGGAAUUCUUUUAUUGCGCCGCAACUCGGAACCCUAAUUUCGAUCGAAUGCAGGGCAAUCCAAUAUGCGUUCAGAUUCCUUGGGAGUGUAAUCAGGAUGCUCUUGCGAAAUGGGCCAAUGGCCAAUCUGGUUUUCCUUGGAUUGAUGCGAUUAUGAUUCAGCUGAAGGAAGAAGGCUGGAUUCACCAUUUGGCACGGCACGCCGUCGCGUGCUUCCUUACAAGAGGCAAUCUCUGGAUAUCAUGGGAAGAGGGCAUGAAGGUGUUUGAUGAACUCCUGCUGGACGCAGACUGGUCCGUAAAUGCGGGCAUGUGGAUGUGGCUGUCGUGCUCUUCAUUCUUCCAGCAGUUCAUUCACUGUUACUGCCCCGUGCGUUUCGGCCGCAAAACGGACCCAAACGGCGACUUUAUUAGGAAAUAUCUUCCAGUCCUGAAGGGUAUGCCCACACAAUACAUCCACGAGCCGUGGCUGGCGCCAGAGGAUGUGCAAGCUACAGCAAACUGUAUUGUGGGCCGCGACUACCCUCUACCAAUCAUCGACCACCACAAGGCUUCAAAGACCAAUGUUAAGCGCAUGAAACAAGUAUAUACGCAGCUCGCUAAAUAUAUGCCAGUGUCAUUGAAUAUGCAGAUGGUGCCGCGGCCAAAUGUUAUCCAGUCCCCACCAAGUCCCACAUCGAUAAUUCUGAAUAUAAAUCAAUCAAACUAUUUAUGCAGUGAAACCCCUGAACCAGAAUCGCCACUGGCAACAACAGAAUUCAAAGAAGAGUAUAUUUUCCUCAAACCUACCUACAAUCAAGUUGUUAUUGUACAUCAAGUUCAUAAACAGGUGUUACAGUGCCAGCCAUCUGCAGAAGUUACCGAAAUUAUUACCAAUAUACAAAACUCAUUGAAGUCAAAAAAUUAUGACUUCAAAAAACUAGCAAUCAGCAAUUCAACUUCAAAUGAACAAGAUACAUUAUUAAAUGAAACAAAUGAUGUUUGUGGACAUAUUGAUAAUUUCGACGAACACAGUACAUCUGAAUCAAAAUUAUGUUUUGAUGACAAUGUUGUUACAGAGAACAAACAAGUAGAUGAACAAAACUCUUCACCUACUGAACAUGCGAAAGAUUGCCAUACAACGAAUAGAAAUGAGCUACAAAAUGAACCAGCAGAACAAAACACCAUAAAUACAGAUAAUAUUGAUAUCAAAAAAGACACCACUCCGGUCGAUGAUAAAACAUCAGAUGAGAAAUGUUGAUGAAAUGAAAACAUAUUAAUUAAAUGAUAAUGAAAUGGUUCUGCUUGAAAU